CAAGUUUCAAGUCAAUCAGAGAUCAAUUGACGAUUCGAGAGAAGAAACUCGGGCAUGACCUGAAGAAGAAUGGAUUUCUACCUCACUUUAUGGACAAAGAAUCAUGCAAGCUUGUUAUGAAACGAAAGAGGACGAGACUACGAGCGUCUGGGAUCAAACGGCGAUUGAUUCGGAGUCCGGACGAGGGAGAAACGAAGCAUUAAACAGAGGCUGAGCAAGCUGCACGGGCAGACCAGCGUGGCCACGCACGGCCGUGCAAGUGACCAGUUUGGCCGUGCGGGAUUGUGCGUGGGAACGCACGGGCACAAGUGAAAUCCGCACGGCCGUGCAACAUACAAUUCUGGCCGUGCGAGUUGGCUGAGGUUCAACUAAUUGAUACGCCGCGUUUUGAGGUGCACGGCCAGAAUGGUGAUGUGCACGGCCGUGCACCCUGGCCGUGCGAGUCGGGAUUUCCUGGUUUUAAGCCAAACUCCGAACCAAAGAAGAGAGAGCUGGGUUUUGGAUCCCAAACACCCAAGGGACGAACCCUAGAGAGAGAGGGCGAUUUGAGGGCAUUCUUGGAGUAGAGAAGGAGGAUUUCUUCGCCUUGGAAGCUCGAGGAACAAGCCCGGACUUGAAGACUGAUCAUCUGAAGAUUCUUACUGCAGUCUCUCUCUUCUCUAUGGAGUAACUUCCCUUCACUUAGGUUUUGAGGAACCCUAGCUAUGUUUGUUUGAUUGGAUGAUUGUAUGAGUACUCUGACUGGAUAAUCUUGAGUUCAUAUUCAAUCUAUGCAUGUUUUCAUGAUUCAAUUCUGCUUUAGUCGAGAUUAUUGAUUCUGCUUUGAUUCUAUGAGAGGGAAUACCUGAUUAGGUCAAUAGAGCACCAUAGAUUGAUAGUAGUGGAUCGAUUGCUUUAGUCGAGGGUUGAUUCACUGCUUUGUAUCGAUUGAGAACCUCUUUCGAUAGAGGGAGUCUAGUUCAGAACGCCUUGAUCAGUUGUUCUAGAGAAGGAUACGUCCCUCUAGGCAAUUGACUCAAGAGGGCCUUGUUCCUUUAGUCGAGACUCAAGGUCUAGUCAAGGAUUCUCCGCAUUGUGAAUGAAAGUGAAACAAGUUAGAGAUCAUCAAUCGUUAAUCUGGCUAGUGGCUAGGGGGAAUCAUACCUAAGUGAGUUCCCAACCUGUAAUUAGAUUAACUUUAACUGUAGUUUGCUAGAGUAGUUUUAGUUCUUUCAUCUUAAUCUGGUUUGCUAAAUAAUAAACUGAAGCUGAGUAAUAGUAACUCUAGAGACCCGUGGAUUCGAUAUUUAUCACUUGAGCCACUAUACUGCAGUGCCUUCCAUUGGUUACACUUGGCCAUUGUUAGGUGUUGUGUUUUAGCGAGUCAAGUUUUUGGCGCCGUUGCCGGGGACUUUCUAGAGUAUUAGGAAAGGCAGAAGUUUGUUACUUUAGCGUUUUUCUUUUCUUUUCUUUCCCACCCUUGCUUUUCACUUGGGUGUUUUUGUUUUUGUUGGUGCAGAUCUGAAUCAUGGAUCCUAAUGGCUUCUUCAAUCAUUGGGGGUAUCCACCGCCAUCUGGGUGGUAUUACCCCGAGACUCCCUGGAGCAAUCAAGACAGAGAAGACUAUGGAUUCGGGUUCCAGUACCAACCCCCUUACUACGGAGAACAACCGGACCCCUGGGCAUAUCAAGAACAACCUCAUUAUCAAGAAGAAUUUCUCCCACAACCAGAAGGGCCAUCGGCGCUGGAGUUACUCAUGGAGCAGUAUGCUCGAGACUGUGAGAGAACAUGCUCCAGGAUGGAUCAGUGUGUCCAGGCCUAUCGUGAAACAGAUGAGAUCCUCCUGAGCCUUAAGAAGAGCGUUGAUGAUCUUGAGCGAUCUUGGGCGCAACCUGCUCCAGAUCACCCUUCUGCUACCAUACAAGAAGAGGAGGAGGAAGAAGAAGGCUACAAGGGCAUUGUGGAACACACUGAAGUUGUCACGGAGAGCUCCCGUGAUGGUCAUGAUCAGGCGUGUCAUGUCGUAGCCGACCACACCUUCCCACACCCCAAACUGAGCUUUGAAGAGGCGGGCAUGAGUGAGGAGAUGCAAGAAGAUCUCAUGAAAGAAAUUGCUUGGCAACUUGCUCUCCAAUCCGUGCUAGAAGAAGAAGAGCAAGAAAGGGUGCAGAAAGAAGUUGUGGAGGAUGACGAAAGUGAAGCUGGAGGAGUUCUUGAUCAUUUCCCAGGGGUGAUACCACAUGAAGAAGGAAGGGAGGUUGAAGAAGCAAUUGGCGUCCAGGCUGAGGACGAAGUUGAGGUGGAAGAGGCUUGCACCGGCCAUGAGUUACAUGUGAUAUCUCCACCAAACUUCGCGGAACUGCUUAGCAAGGACCCAUUUGCAGUGUCUCUUUGCCAGACCAAGGCCACCUCGACAUCGGUCCCUCUUGGUGGACGCGAUGGUGGCCAAUCGAUGCUUUCUUAUCUGGUUUGGGGCAAUGAGACGAGAGAAGAGAAGAAGAGGUCUCGAGGGUGGAGACUUCAUCUGCAUCAAGUACAUGAGCCUUCCUCACCUGCCACACCACAUGCUCGUGACUUGAGACUCCACCUCAUCGACGAGAACCUCAAAUUCAAGGAGGUUCUAGCAUGGACCGAAACUUAGGAGCCAUCGUCCGGCUCACGACGUGAAAGAAGCGCUUGUUGGGAGGCAACCCAACCAGUCGGUUUGCAUUUCUUUCUCUAUUUCUCCUCGGUUGAGUCAGUUUUGUUAUUUGAUUUUAGAGUCAAUAACUCAACCUUUGUGAGAUUUUGUGUGGUGUUUGUGUUCUGAUUACUCUCUCUUCCUGGACUGCACUGCCUGACCCGUACAUCAUCAUUCACCCUUGAUCUGGUAACUUCGUUCAACCCUCCUUAUCUUUCCUCCAUUGAGGACAAUGUCGUGCUUAAGUGUGGGGGGGGUGUUCGAUUAUGUAUGCGGGUGAAUGUUUGGCUGUUUGUGUGCUUGGAGCCUAGUCCACUGUCCAAAUUUUUAAAUUUGAGGGCUCCAAGUACGUGUUCCAUGCAAUUGCCUGCUCAGUAUGCUUUGAAUUGACAGUCUUUACAGUAAUAUGCAACCUAGGGAGGUAGUGUAGCACUAAGGAGGAUGUUGAUGCAUUUAAGAAGUCUCAUUUCUUCUUCAUAUAAAGUUGGUUGAUUGAGUGAAUUAGUGAUCUUAGGACCCUUGAAUUGUGUGGUGUUGUGGAUUCUCUACCUGUCAUGGACUCUUGUAUCAUGUUUUGAAAGUAACAGGUGCUCGAAAAUGUGCUUCAAAAUAAACGUCUCCCGUGCGAAUAGGGCGAAAGUGUGUAAGGGGAGACGGGAAUUCGUUCCCAAUUUCCACCUACUACCUCCAGCCCCCUUACAUGUCUUUCCCCCGCACGAGGCUCGAGACAUCCGCUCCUGGCAUGGCCGGUAAGAGCAGGUUGGGACCCUUGAAAAAGAAAAGAAAAGAAAAAUAUCAGAAAACAAGCAAAACAAAAAAAAAAGGGGGUCUCAACCAUCUUCAAGAAGCAGAAAAUAGAGCACCUUGAAAAAUGUGAGUCCAUGAUCUGUUGUUUUUGAGAAUCUCCUCAUCCACAAUUCAUUUGUCCUCUGUUCACUAUUUGCCAUGAUGCCGACUCGCCGAAGAAGUUAUGAGAUGACUUGUGCGUCGGUUGACCUCGUAAGCUGCUAAAUGAUCUAGGAAGUCCUCUACCUACGAUCUGGGUUGUUUGUUGCUAUAGAGGUCUGGAGAGUUGCAUUGGUUUGAGUUAGGUUUGCUUGGGGACAAGCAAACAGUUAAGUGUGGGGGGAUUUGAUGACUCGGUAUUUGCACAUGUUUUCCCCCUUGUUUCUUGAUUGUUUGAGCUUGAAUUAUUGCGUCUUUGGCCUAUUUUAUGCUAGGUUGUGUUCCUUUGUCCCAUUUCAGGUCCUAGCACAUAAAGUGAAGCAUAGGCGCAAGUUUCAAGUCAAUCAGAGAUCAAUUGACGAUUCGAGAGAAGAAACUCGGGCAUGACCUGAAGAAGAAUGGAUUUCUACCUCACUUUAUGGACAAAGAAUCAUGCAAGCUUGUUAUGAAACGAAAGAGGACGAGACUACGAGCGUCUGGGAUCAAACGGCGAUUGAUUCGGAGUCCGGACGAGGGAGAAACGAAGCAUUAAACAGAGGCUGAGCAAGCUGCACGGGCAGACCAGCGUGGCCACGCACGGCCGUGCAAGUGACCAGUUUGGCCGUGCGGGAUUGUGCGUGGGAACGCACGGGCACAAGUGAAAUCCGCACGGCCGUGCAACAUACAAUUCUGGCCGUGCGAGUUGGCUGAGGUUCAACUAAUUGAUACGCCGCGUUUUGAGGUGCACGGCCAGAAUGGUGAUGUGCACGGCCGUGCACCCUGGCCGUGCGAGUCGGGAUUUCCUGGUUUUAAGCCAAACUCCGAACCAAAGAAGAGAGAGCUGGGUUUUGGAUCCCAAACACCCAAGGGACGAACCCUAGAGAGAGAGGGCGAUUUGAGGGCAUUCUUGGAGUAGAGAAGGAGGAUUUCUUCGCCUUGGAAGCUCGAGGAACAAGCCCGGACUUGAAGACUGAUCAUCUGAAGAUUCUUACUGCAGUCUCUCUCUUCUCUAUGGAGUAACUUCCCUUCACUUAGGUAUUGAGGAACCCUAGCUAUGUUUGUUUGAUUGGAUGAUUGUAUGAGUACUCUGACUGGAUAAUCUUGAGUUCAUAUUCAAUCUAUGCAUGUUUUCAUGAUUCAAUUCUGCUUUAGUCGAGAUUAUUGAUUCUGCUUUGAUUCUAUGAGAGGGAAUACCUGAUUAGGUCAAUAGAGCACCAUAGAUUGAUAGUAGUGGAUCGAUUGCUUUAGUCGAGGGUUGAUUCACUGCUUUGUAUCGAUUGAGAACCUCUUUCGAUAGAGGGAGUCUAGUUCAGAACGCCUUGAUCAGUUGUUCUAGAGAAGGAUACGUCCCUCUAGGCAAUUGACUCAAGAGGGCCUUGUUCCUUUAGUCGAGACUCAAGGUCUAGUCAAGGAUUCUCCGCAUUGUGAAUGAAAGUGAAACAAGUUAGAGAUCAUCAAUCGUUAAUCUGGCUAGUGGCUAGGGGGAAUCAUACCUAAGUGAGUUCCCAACCUGUAAUUAGAUUAACUUUAACUGUAGUUUGCUAGAGUAGUUUUAGUUCUUUCAUCUUAAUCUGGUUUGCUAAAUAAUAAACUGAAGCUGAGUAA